UAUAUAUUUUUCUUAUGUUGUUUUAUCGUACAUACUUGUAGUCAGAAAACAUAUAUGUCUACAAGAGAUGAGUGUAUGGAGCAACUGCAACACGAGCAUUCUCUUGUACUUGUAGAUUUGUUGCCGCAUUAUCCACAGUACGAUGAAUAUAAUGACGUCGAGGAAGAGGAGGAAGAGGAGGAAGAGGAUUCAUAUACAAAUUGGAAUUUCUGCAGUCAAUGUAAUUUAUGUGGGCGAGAAAUUACCUUGUGCCAACGGUAUUAUUACAAAUGUAACCACGGUUCAUGUAAUUACUUUCUCCAUAAAUGGUGUAGAGAGCUUCCAACAACAAUAAACCAUAGAUCACAUCAUUGUCUGAAUGGUACUCUUACCUCUUUUCUCUUCGAUAGUCAUAUUUUCACCAUGUUUGAUAAAAUAUACCAUUGGACAUGUGACGUAUGCAAAACCAUUCAUAAGCCAGAUGAAAUACUUUACAGAUGUUCUAAAUGUUAUUUCUACGUUGAUCUAAUGUGUGCCAUUGCAGCAAUAGAGAAUCAGAUUAUUUUUAACCCUGGCCACCCCCACCCACUAGUUUCUAGUUCAUAUGAGCCAAUUCUUAAAACAUGUGAUGCUUGUGGGAUUAAACAUCUUGGUCGCUUGUAUAAUUGUACCAUAUGUUUUAACUUCUCCAUUCAAAGUGACUGUCUUUUCCUAUCCAAAAAAUUAGUAACCCAACAUACUCACCCACUCAUAUUAUCCUAUUCAUUCCCACAUGAACAUCAAGAGGAGGAAUUCACUCCUAGUUGUAGGAUAUGCAAUCAAGGUUUUCCCAAUGAGACUCUUUGGAUUUAUAAAUGUGAGAAGUGCAGGCUUUAUGUUCAUCUAGAUUGUGCAAAAUCACAAGGAGACAAGUUCAAUUUUGAUCUACAAGAAAAUGCCAAAAACUAUGAAGAUAAUGAUCAUCCUAAUCUCCUCAAUCUCCCGUUCGAGGAUCAAAGUGAUAGCAUUGUAAAACAUGUUUUUUUCAAGGAAGGUAUAACUUUUGAAAGAAAAAACCAAAAACAAAACAUCAAUUUUCAUGAACACCCACUCUGUCUCGUAACAAAGCCAUCAUCAACUUUAGAUGCCUCAUCAUGUUGUCAUAACCCGAUGAAAAAAAUUGAACUAUUAUGUGAUGGAUGUGUGAGACCGGUCACAAGUUUCCCAUAUUUCAAAUGCACCGCUACUAAAGAUCAAGGUUGUAACUUUGUUCUCCAUGAGUGGUGUACUUUUUUACCCCCUACAAAAAAUCACCCAGGCCAUCGACAUACACUCAAUCUCCUACCAAAAGUCCCGAGGAGGUUUUUAGGCUUGUUCCAUUGUGAUGUUUGCUCUUUUCCUUGUAACGGUUUUGCAUACGGCUGCCAAAAAUGUGGUUAUUAUAUUGAUAUUAUUUGUGCAUUCAUGCCUGAAGAAAUCACGCACGAAGCUCACCCUAAUCACCUCUUUUUAAGAGUUCGCUCUAAUAUGAAGAUACAUUGUCUUGCAUGCUUAGAAAUUGACCGCAGGUUAUUUAUAUACAAAUGUCACUCAUGUGAUGUUUAUCUAGACGUUGGAUGUGCUUUAUCGUUGCCUAAGAUAAUCACACACAAGUCCGACAAACAUCCCAUGAGACUGAGUUACAUGCCAAUUGCAGACCAUAAGACUGAAUAUUUUUGUGAAAUUUGUGAGGAUAAAUUUGACCCAAAACGUUGGUUCUACCAUUGUAAUGUGUGUGUUCAAUCUGUGCAUACUGCUUGCGCUCCGUUGAUACUACAGAAUGAACGAGAUGUCUAUGAAUGGUAUAAAAAAGGUGUUUAUGAGUUUAUGAACAUAAAGUUUGGAAGCUUUUCUAACAUUCGAAGGCACGAACACUCCAUGUUAUUUGCUCAAGGGAUAGAAAGCGAUGGAAGUUGCCGAGUAUGUAUCACAAGAUGCAAGUAUCAAAUGAUAUUGAGAUGUUUGGAGUGCGAGUACGUAAUACAUUAUCAUUGUCGUAAUUAUUAGGGGUCAACAACACAAAUAUAUUGGCAUGUGUGUUAUAUUGAAUUUGUUGUUUUCCAUAUUUCAAAAAAAUUUCAUAAAUGUAUGUAUAUUGUUUAAUUAAUAAUCAACAUGUUCAAUAAACAAUGGUUCCAAUCCGUGUAAA